CUAUCACAUAGGGCGAAGAAUAUUCCAAGGUAGAGCGUUCAUUUUACUGGCAUUCAUGCUAUAAUUUUCCCGUGUUCAUACUAUAAAAUGGAGAUCAUAGACACCAAGGGGACUCCACUAGUACAAGUAUUUAAUUUCUUUCCUUGUAUCUGAAUUAUCUUCCUACGCUACGCUGAGAGAAAUUAAUGGGGACAGUGGAAGCUGGGUUGGAUUAUUCUUCUUCAGAUACCCAACAUCAUAAGGAGCUUGAUGCCGAAGCUCUCUUUGUUCUAAAAUCCAGAGGGUCAUGGCUACACUGUGGAUACCAUUUAACGACUUCUAUUGUAGCUCCAGCCCUUCUGAGCUUACCCUUUGCAUUUGCUUUGUUGGGCUGGGUUGCUGGAGUUUCCUGCCUGAUAAUUGCUGUUCUAGUCACAUUUUAUUCUUACAAUCUUCUCUCCAAGGUGCUUGAACACCAUGCCCAACUUGGUCAGCGCCAACUUCGUUUCAGGGAUAUGGCCAGCGAUAUCUUAGGGCCAAGAUGGGGGCGUUAUUUUGUAGGCCCACUUCAAUUCUCUCUAUGCUAUGCUGCUGUCAUUGCUUGCACUCUCCUUGGAGGGCAGAGUCUCAAAUUCAUUUACUUGCUCUGCAAUUCAAGUGGCACCAUGAAACUUUACGAGUUUGUUGCCAUUUUCGGAGUCUUGAUGUUGAUUUUGGCUCAAAUACCAUCUUUCCACUCCCUAAGACAUAUCAACCUUAUUUCAUUAACUCUUUGCCUUGCUUAUAGCACAUGUGCUACCAUAGACUCCACUUACAUAGGAAACUCUGUCAAUGCUCCACCCAAGGACUCUUCUGUGAAUGGAGAUGGCAAAGAUCAAUUGUUUGGUGCUUUUAAUGCCAUUUCCAUCAUUGCCACCACAUACGGGAAUGGGAUCAUUCCUGAAAUACAGGCAACCAUUGCACCCCCUGUUGAGGGGAAGAUGUUCAAAGGACUAUGCCUUUGUUAUGCAGUAGUAAUUCUAACUUUCUUCACUGUUGCCAUUUCGGGGUAUUGGGCUUUUGGUAAUAAAGCAAAGGGAACUAUCUUGGGAAACUUCAUGGUCAAUGGGAAUCCUUUGGUUCCCAAGUGGCUGAUUUUGAUCACUAGUAUCUUUACUCUCCUACAAGUAUCAGCUGUGUGCGUAGUUUACUUGCAGCCAACGAACGAGUUGGUGGAGAAAAAAUAUGGAGAUCCUAAGAGCAAUCAAUUCUCCAUUCGCAAAGUUGUGCCAAGGUUGUUUUUACGAUCACUUUUGGUGGUUGUAGCAACGAUUCUUGCAGCAAUGUUUCCCUUCUUUGGAGACAUUAAUGCUUUGAUUGGAGCAUUUGGUUGCAUUCCUUUAGACUUUGUCCUGCCAAUGGUGUUCUACAAUGUGACCUUCAAGCCUUCAAGAAAGGCUCUUUUGUUUUGGGGAAACACAGCCAUUGCUAUGCUUUUCUCCAUGUUGGGGGUCCUUGGAGCAAUAUCUUCAGUUCGACAAAUAGUCAUAGAUGCCAAACUCUAUCAAGUUUUUGCUAACAUAUGAACAUCUCAAUUCAGUACAAGGACCUCAUUUCCAUUACUUGUUAUAAUUCUAUCUGUAAAUUAACAAAUCAGUCAGUUAUACUUUAAUUGUAAAGCACUAAUAUUAUGUUU